AUGGAAAACAAGGAUAAUAACAGCAUUGAUAUACCUCCAAAGGAGUUUACAAAGGAAUUGCUUAAGCAUGUUAAUAUAAGGGACUUAGUAAAUAAAAUUAAAACCCCUUCAAUUGAUAUCUCUGCAACUGAAUACUGGGUUAAUGGAUUUAAUAGCAGUGUUAUUUCUAGUUAUAAUAUAUUAAAAAAUAAAUAUAAUGAUUGGAUUUUCAAAGAACAACGUUGCAAUGCUAUGAACUAUUAUCUAAAUUUGAUAACUUCCGCUAUUUAUGCAUCAAAUAUAUCAAAUACUAUUAGAGAUGAAACAAUAAGUUCUGAACUUUAUAGUAACUGGCAAAAAAGGUAUUAUUGUGAUAAUUGUGAUUGCUAUAGAGAAGAAACCAAAUAUUCUACUCAUAUAAAUCUUGUAUUAGCAAAGUUGAAAGAUAAUAGUUAUGAUCAUGACAUAGUACAGAAUCUCGAAGCAUGCAUAUCACCUAACAUUGCUCCAGUUAAAUUAUUUCUUAUUGUAGGACUUAUUAUUUUGGGAAUUAUUGUUAAAAGUGUAAUGCUAUACAAAGUAAAAGAAAUUAAUUCGUAA